GUCACACGGCAGGCUUCUAAAACCCUUCAAAAUUAACUCCUCCAAAAGGAAUUUUUAUAUAUACAUAUAUUUUGUUUCUCAGAUUUCUCAUUGAACUCUCAGUAGCAAUGCUUGCUCUAAUGGCUAGUGAUUUGUUUCCAUUGAUUCUAGGGUUUGAGCUUCGCUUCUCCUCUGGUUUCUACAGCUACGUGCAACAUUCGUUCUUUGUUUCUGGUCUCUAUUAGUGGUUUUCUUCUGUGUGUGCUCCGGAGAUGGUUCUGGUGAGGAUAUUGUGGCCUCAUGGCAGCCAACAGGCCAGCGUGACUGGCUCUUUCGUGAGUUGGGAGCAACAUUAUGUGAUGUUUCCUUUGGAGAACUCGCCGGGGAGUUUUCAGUUGUUCCUUGAUCUUCCGGUUGGAUUCCAUCAGUACCGAUUCUUGAUUGAUGGUGUAUGUCGAUAUGAUGAAAUGCUGCCUUAUGUCGCUGAUGAUUAUGGUAUGAUAAAUAAUUUGUUGGUUACAUUGGAAGAAAACACCAUGCCUUUAACUCUACAAGAUGAUCCACAAAUGGUCAGAAGCACGGAUGUUCGUACUGCUUUGUAUGCGGGCUCACCAUCUAGCACCAUUCCUGAUACAUUAGCAGCAGAAUUGUUAGAUGUAUUCAUUCAAUAUUCUCGCUGCUGGGUAUCUACUAUUUUGUCAAAUAAUACUGUGUAUGAUAUGCUUCCUGUUUCAAGCAAGGUGGUUCUUUUUGAUGCUCAAUUGUCUGUUAAACAAGGAUUUCAGAUCAUGUAUGAACUAGGCUUGCCUGUUGUUCCUAUAUGGGAUCCGUUCAGAACUACAGUAGGGGGAAUGUUAACUGCUUCUGACUUCAUAUACAUUCUAAGAGAGCUGCAGGAAGAUGCACUAAUACAAUCCAAUGAAGAUCUUGAUAAGUGCACAAUCUCUGAUUGGAAACAAUUUAAGUUUCAGCAGAGAAAUCCUGUUGGGUCUCUAGCCAUGCAGAGUCCUGUCAUACAUGCCUCUCAUAGUGACUCUCUGAAAGAUGUGGUUGUGAAGAUUGUGCAAAAUCAGAUAUCCUCAAUUCCUGUGUUUGACCCUUCUUCUGGUGAUGCAUCAUCCAUACCAAUCUUAACUCUUGCAUCUCUUCCUGAGAUUUUGAAAUAUAUAUCUGAAAGAUGUCAGGACCCUAUGAGAAUUCUUCCCCUUUUAGAACAACCAAUUUCCAGAAUUCCUAUUGGAACCUGGCUGCCUGGCACUGGUGGGAGAAGCGAUGGUCAUGUAGUGGCAUUUUUAAAGUUUGAUGAGCCUGUAACUUCUGCUUUUCAAAUUUUCUUGCAAGCUAAGAUAAGUUCCAUACCAGUUGUCGAUUGCCAUGGAUCGUUGAUUGAUGUAUUCUCUCGCAGUGACAUUUUAACCUUAACCAAAGGUGAUGUGUCUGCUCAUGCUCAACUUGAUCAAUUGACAAUGGACCAAGCUUUGCAACUAGUAUAUCACAAUAGCGGUCCUAGGCCAUCCUGGACAUGUUACUGUUCAAGCACCCUCCGGGAGGUCAUCGAGCAACUCUCCAAUCUAGUGGUUCGGAGGCUUGUCAUUGUUGAUCCCAUAAGCAAACAGCUGAGAGGCAUAAUAUCAUUGAGGGAUGUACUCAUGAUCCUCCUUUGAAAAAGUUCACCAUAU